UCUAGCAUCACAAUCAUGGCUGAAAUCUUCAAAAGCGGUAGCGUGCGAAGAGAUGGAUGUUUGAUUGCUUUCAUGAUAGUAGGAUCUACUGAACUAUGUCACAGAAUAUCGGAAGGCUUACAUCAUAGUGCAAGGGAGAGGAGAUGGCACAUAUCUGUAUAUCAAUGUGAAUCUAUCACCGAUGUUGUAAAAGCAAAGACAGAUAUCUCUGUAGAUUUUAUUAUUUUUGCUUCCGACUUAAGAACUGUGUAUACCUUAUCAGAGAUAGAAGCUAAUAUAGCAAUAGUAGAUGAAUACUAUGUAAUCUCUGGUGCAACAUGUCUAGUAAAUUGCAAUGGAAUAUGUAAUGUUAUGGGACUAAUACACAGAACAAAAGCACUUUGUCACAAGUACAAUAUUCGUUUCCUCUCUGCUAAUGUUUUUGAUAUGCAAGCCUGCGUUUAUUUAGGGAGUAGGAUUUUAAAUAUAAUGGAAGGAAUAUUAGGAUUAAAUAGUGGCAUACCAGUUAUUGGAACAGUGAUGCAAUAUUCCUAAGAUCCACAGUGUAUAGGACAUGAAUUGUACCGGUGCUUUAAAUUGCAUUUUGCUCAGAGAUUAAAUGUAAAACUGUA